UGUUAUUUUUUUACGCUUCGUGUUCAUUCACCAAAUCACUUUAAUUGCUAAUUACAUAUAUAUUAAGUCUUAUUUCCUAUGUACAUAUCAUGGACAAACUGCAGUUAACCAGUAAAUAUUAAUUCUGAUAAGUCCCCCCCCCACGGUUCUGUACUGUUGGUUUCGUCUGUUGCCGCUGUGUGUUGCUCUCCUUCCUGAAAGAGACUUGCACUGGAGCCGCCGAUGUUGCUCCGGAGGGUCUGACACAAUAAAGGUGAAAUCCCAAGAUUCCUGAAGGUCUUGUCAGUCAACUCCCAUAUGGCAGUGAACCACUCAACUGAAGAUUAAACCAAAUACACUCAUCUCCAGAGCUUUGCCCUCUUAGAUGCCGCUCAGUCUUCAUCUCUGCAAAUGGCGUGCUGUCUGAAGGACGAGCUCCUCUGUUCCAUCUGCCUCAGCAUCUACCAGGACCCUGUCAGCUUUGGCUGCGAGCACUACUUCUGCAGAAAGUGCAUUACGGAGCACUGGAGCAGACAGGAGCCUCACGGAACACGGGACUGUCCCGAGUGCCGGAGGACCUUCACCGAUCCUCUCCUCUCCCCGAGUCUCAAGUUGUCCAACAUUGUGGAGCGCUACUCAGCCUUCCCGCUGGACGCCAUCCUUAACGCUCAAAGGAGCUCCUAUCCCUGCAAGGACCACGAGAAGGUCAAGCUCUUCUGCCUCACCGACAAAAGUCUGGUGUGCUUCUUCUGCGACGAGCCAGCGCUACAUGAGCAGCACCAAGUGACCACUAUUGACGAGGCUUACGAGGAGAUACAGAGGGAGAUGAAGGAGCAGCUGGCCACCCUGCAGGACAGUGAGAAGGGACACACUGAGGCCCUGCAGCUCCUGCAGAGACAACUCACUGAGACCAAGUCUUCAGCCAAGAGUCUGCGUGCGACCAUCGGCGACGCAUUUGAGCGCCUCCACCGUUUCCUGCGCGAGCGUCAGAAGAGCAUGCUGGAGGAGCUGGAGAUGGAUACAGCCCGCAAGCUCGCCGACAUUGAGCACAAGAUCCAGCGCUACAGUCAGCAGCUGCGCGACGUCAAGGAGGGCAUCCAGAUCCUGCAGGAGCGCCUCAACGAGUCAGGACGACACGACUUCCUGGAGGGAGUAGCCGUCACAUCUGAGAGGAUUAAAGGGAAGAUUCAUGAGACCAAUCUGACGUAUGAAGACUUCCCAACAUCCAAGUACAUGGGGCCCUUACAGUACACAAUCUGGAAGUCACUCUUCCAGGAUGUUUCACCAGUGCCAGCAGCAUUGACCCUCGACCCCAUCACAGCCCACCAAAGACUGAUCCUCUCAGACGACUGUACUAUCGUGGCCUACGGGAAUCUCCAUCCGCAGCCGCUGCAGGACUCCCCGCGCCGUUUUGAUGUGGAGGUGUCUGUUCUGGGCGCAGAGGGCUUUGCCUCAGGUGUCCAUUACUGGGAAGUGAUGGUGUCGGAGAAGACCCAGUGGAUGAUCGGUGUGGCCAGUGAGACAGUCAGUCGUAAGGGCAGCAUCCAGAUCCAGCCCAGUCGUGGCUUCUACUGCAUCGUCAUGCACGACGGGAACCAGUACAGUGCCUGCACCGAGCCCUGGACCCGCCUCAAUGUCAAGAGCAAGCUGGAGAAGGUGGGGGUGUACCUGGACUACCCAAAAGGUCUGCUCAUCUUCUACAACGCAGACGACAUGUCCUGGCUCUACACGUACCGAGAGAAAUUCCCCGCCAAGGUCUUCCCCUAUUUCAGCCCUGGCCAGAGCCAUGCUAACGGCAAGAACGUGCAGCCAUUGCGAAUCAACACUGUACGCCUUUAAGAGCUCCACGUUUAUCUGAGGUCGUGAUUGUCCUGACAGAUGAAUCCAUCAUAGCUGAAUUCACAGGACUUGUGUAGGUUUCAAAAGAUAUUAAAGAAAUCCGUUCAAAAAAUGUUUAAUAGGGUGUUUGAAAUGUUUAUUUCUCUCAGUUCAGUGUUAAGAAUUGUGCUUGAUGUUGCUCUUAAAACCUGCGCUGUUUUUUGUGACUUGAAACGAUCGUACGAUAACGGCCUGCGCUCGAGCCUCAUUCCACAUCUUUCAUUGAAAAGAUGACACUAAAUGGAGACAGAGGGACCCCUGGGCUCCUCUGGGGUCUGCGGCAGCGUGUCGGGGGGGGGGGGUAGUGAUUCCCGCUCUUAAAGUGACUGUCCCAGGCCCACCUUGCACAAUCCCAGGGGGCACCACUCCCCUUAUCAAGCUCCAGGCUUGUCAGACUUGACGUCCCCUCUCUGUUCAAGCAAGUGGACACUGCAGACUGGUCACUUGUCUUCUCUGUGCUGUACAGUUGGCUUAGCUUUAUUUGUGGAAUGUGAUUGACUGUCGCCUCAUUUCUGGCUUUUGUUUGCCCACAUUUUCAGCGGUUCACCCUGAACUUGUCAAGUCUGUUGGGUCUUUUUACUUCUGUCUGAGACCAUGAUCUUGGUUUCUCCCAUAGGACACAUCCGUGUGUCUGCUCAGUCUUCGUCAUUUCAAGAACAGCUCCUGUUCUAUGUGCACCAGCGAUUUUCCAAGUCACUUAAAACUAAUGAAAAUGAAUGAAAAAGUAGUUCAUAGGCUGCCCAUCCCUAUCCACUGCCCAGUCCUACCCAGGUGUGAUAGGAAGGUCUGUUUGGAGGUGGAAGAUGUCCAGAAAUGUGCUGCUAUUGAUGGAUUAAGGAAUUUCAUAUUUGUAUAUAGCGUAUCAAAGGUUAAAAGGAUUAAGUCUCUCAUCAUGCUGGCUCAUGUUUAAGUUUCUGCUCUUUCCCCAAAACCACAACUUAUGUUAGCCUUCAGCAUACACUAUACCUUGGGUUUUUCGUCCACUUUACUGUUGAAUUCAAGUCCAUUUCUGCUUCCAGUCAUAAUGUUUGACCAUUUUGUUUAAAUCAUGUAGUCUUAGUAGAUAACCACAUGAGACAGAGAGCUCUGGUUGUAAAAGCCUAAGUUCUCAGAUGUGAAAAUCUGAAAAGUUAAAGAUGAAAUAUUGCUCAAAAAAGCUACAGAGACCAAAAGUUCUCACUUAUUUUAAAUUCCAUCGUUUAUGUAAAUUAAUUCAGGCUGUAUGUUUUAGGAAUUGGCAAUUACCAGGGAAAAUGGAGAUGGAUGGAUGGAGGGACUUGAGCACAAUCAUGUCAUCCUGGCAUUCCCAUGGCUGCUGCUGUGUUACAUAAUGACGGAAUCGUUGAUAAUUCCUCUGAGGCACAGUCAUGUUUAUUUCUUCACCCCAGGUGCCUCAAGUGCUCUUGUUUGUCAUUAGUUGUACACAAGUCCUGCAGAAUCUGCUCUAAGAGACUCUAGUCCCUCAGCCAAGUCCGGCAUACUGAGAGAGAUGUGCGCGUCUGUGGUUGGGCAUGGUAAAGGGUAUGUUUGAGUGGCCUGCGACAACUAUCAUUUUAAAUCCAGCUUUGGUUGUGCUUAAUGAAGCCCAUUUGCCUCUCAAAGCAUACCCAUGCAGUAGCCAAAAGUGUUUAUUACAAAAUACUUAGCAAUCAGAUAGAACUUAACAUAUUUUUCUUUGGGAAAUCUACAAAAGAAAAACUAAAAGAUCACCUCACUCCGCCCUUACUUAGCCACUGUACGUCGUUGCAUUUGUAUGUGUGUAGUCUGUGUUGUCCAUGUAAAAGAAAAUUGGGGCAGUGCCCUCAUUCUUGUAGGAUCUAAUUCCGCUACGUGCAGUAUGAUGCAAACUAGGGUCAAGUUAUGCCUGGUGUUUGUUUUAACUUGCACAGAUCUGCAGGGGGUUGUCUGAGUAAUGUUGCCGAGUAGAACCUGGCACAGCUUAUUUCAUUAAAUUUUCUGGGAAUUACUCAGCCAGAUAACUUGGUGAGCUUGCUUUGUGGCAAAAGAUUUAUUUAUUAAUGUGUAGUUUAGACAAUCAGGACAGUAUUCAGUUAUCAUGUCUUUUCAAUCUAUCUAUCACUAUCAAUAUCUAAAAUGUCUAUACAAAGUAAAUCCAAUCCAGCUGGGCUCAUGCAGGUUAAAACAAAUGUUAAAAUUUGACCCCAGUUUGCUGUGUUGCAGACCUCAUUUAGACUUUCUGUUUGAAUAUUAAGACGGAGAUUAUCGUGAGGUUGUGUUGGGUUACUGGUGAUGCUGAUGACGCUAAUGGUUAAAAUGAAUUUAAUGAUGAUGAUAACUAUGACACUUUUAAUGAUUAUAAUGACGAUUGUGUCUUUUGAUGAUGGCCGCUGCGCACCCAUCAUUGUGUGAACACACUCUAGUGUGCUUUUGCUGCUGGAGGCUUGUGGGAAAUGUUUUAAUGUACAAUAAAUUA